GCAGAGGGAAAUAUGGCGGAUGGCGAGGAGCCGGAGAAGAAAAGAAGGAGGAUAGAGGAGCUGCUGGCGGAUGGAAUGGCUGUUGAUGGUGGGUGUGGGGACACUGGAGACUGGGAAGGUCGCUGGAACCAUGUAAAGAAGUUCCUCGAGCGAUCUGGACCAUUCACACACCCUGAUUUCGAGCCAGGCACUCAACCUCUCGACUUUUUGUUAAACACAUGUAAAGUUCUAGUUAUUGGAGCAGGAGGAUUAGGAUGUGAACUCCUGAAAAAUCUGGCAUUGUCUGGUUUUAGACAAAUCCAUGUUAUUGACAUGGAUACUAUAGAUGUUUCUAAUCUGAAUAGGCAAUUUUUGUUUCGUCCCAAAGAUGUUGGACGACCUAAAGCAGAGGUUGCAGCAGAAUUUCUAAACAACCGAAUUCCUAGUUGUGCUGUUGUACCACAUUUUAAAAAAAUUCAGGAUAUGGAUGAAACUUUCUAUCGACAAUUUCAUAUUAUUGUAUGUGGUCUGGACUCUAUAAUUGCAAGAAGAUGGAUAAAUGGCAUGCUGAUGUCAUUUUUAAACUAUGAAGAUGGCAUGUUAGAUCCAAGUUCCAUCAUACCUUUGAUAGAUGGAGGAACAGAAGGCUUUAAAGGAAACGCUCGUGUGAUUAUUCCUGGAAUGACAGCUUGUAUUGAAUGCACACUUGAACUUUAUCCACCUCAGAUCAAUUUCCCCAUGUGUACUAUUGCAUCUAUGCCCAGGCUGCCAGAACAUUGUAUUGAAUAUGUCAGGAUAUUGCAAUGGCCCAAGGAACAUCCUUUUGGAGAGAGUGUUCCUUUGGAUGGAGAUGAUCCUGAUCAUAUACAAUGGAUUUACCAACAAUCUUUAGAAAGAGCAUCACAGUUCAAUAUUAAGGGUGUUACAUACAGACUUACUCAAGGGGUUGUUAAGCGGAUCAUUCCAGCUGUAGCUUCUACAAAUGCAGUCAUUGCAGCUGUAUGCGCCACUGAAGUUUUUAAAAUAGCAACAAGUGCAUACAUUCCUCUUAAUAACUACUUGGUGUUCAAUGAUGUAGAUGGAUUAUACACAUACACAUUUGAAGCUGAAAGAAAGGAGAAUUGUCCCGCCUGCAGCCAACUCCCUCAAAAUAUAGAGUUCCCUCCAUCAGCAAAACUGCAGGAGGUCUUGGAUUAUUUGACAAAUAAUGCUUCAUUGCAAAUGAAAUCUCCAGCAAUCACAGCAACUGUGUAUGGGGGGAAUAAAACACUCUAUUUACAGACGGUAGCUUCAAUUGAAGAACGAACAAGGCCAAAUCUUUCUAAGACACUGAAAGAGUUGGGGCUCGUGGAUGGUCAGGAACUUGCAGUUGCUGAUAUAACUACACCACAGACUAUGUUGUUCAAGCUUCAUUUUACUACUUAAUUUAAGCCUCAUUAAUCUUCACAUACAGUGAGAGAAUUCUGCACACCAUGUAAAACAUGUUGUGCUCUAUGUGGAUGUUCAGAGUAACCUAAAAUGUCCCUUUUAAGUACUAGCCUUGCUGGAAGUUAGAUUAUCCCAGGUGAAUCACUCUUAUUUUAGAACUGUCCUUAGAAGCCAAUAUUUGGUGGAUGGUAUUUGUAUAAAUACUCAUUAAUGUACAGAACUUGAUGUAUAGUGAUAAUUUUUUUUCGGUUUAUGUGUUGAUGUUAAAAUAAUGCCAACACUCCUUCCUACACUUGGACAUUUUAUGGUGGUCAAAGGAGUUGUUCUCUGCUUGCAUUUGAACACCCACAUCUACAAAAGAAUAUCCUUUAAGGAGAACCACGAUGAUUUUAAAUUAAAUUUUAGAACCCAUAUACAUUUGCUGAAUCUUAUAUUAAAACCUGUGGGCAGUAGAGUAAAAUAAGCAUUGUAUGUUUCCUCCUUUAUUUAAUAUUCAUUUUUAUUGACCUGCUAAACAGAUAUUAAGUAUUGCAGAGGGUUAAAUCACUUUGUUUACAAAAUAUGGAAAGACAAUGUAAUUAAAUUAAAUGAACAUCUGUGCAUGAAAACAAAGUAUUUUUCAUGUUUAUAUUUGCAGUGGAUUAGCGGUUACUAUGCACAGUAGUUCAGUCAAAAGCCCACUGAUGUUCAGGAUUGGUGAGUUAUGUUUGGUUAUCAUUGAUGCUCUCAAGGUAUUUAUUAAUAAAAAUAUAAAGAUAAAUUGUUCUGUAGUAUGUCAAUGGGAAUUCGGGACAAUAUGUGACCAUAAGAAAGAGAGACAAAAACAUAAGAUUACGUGGUAUCACUUUGUCAGUUAAAAGAGCUGUUUCUGUUACCAUAACAGGGACAAAAGGUGGGUGAGAGAGAGAGAGAGUGUCAUUUGUGCACAGAUUAACUCAAAUGGAUCUGAAAUCUGUUAUUUUAUUUGAUACAUACCUCCCUUUCUCUUCUUAAAACAUUUUCUCCCAUCCCAGCUUUUAGAGAUGUAUAAGUAGAAAGAACUUGAAGACCAUACACACUGAAAACAGUGACAUGGCUGAAAUAUUUUUAAAUAUGGCACUUAGAUGAAAAAAAUUCAUAAAUCUUUACCAGUUUUGACAAGGUGUAGUCAAAAGAGAGAAAAAACUAUUUUUAGCCAUUUGAGUAAAUUACUUCCAAUAGUACUUGUCAUUCUUAGAACUGACACUGUCCAAAAAUUGACACACCUUUCUAAAUAAGGAGUAGGCCCAGCUUCCCUGCUUUUGAUUCUUGUAGUGAAUAGACAAAGGCCGAUUGCCCUCAUAUUAAAAAAUGUCCUUUCUGUACU